AUUGUUCUUAGUGGAUUCAUGAUAUCCUUAAUGUUAUCUUUAUUCCGUUGUAUUCGACGUUAAGUCUAACUGUUAGUUGCUCUAAAAUUCUAUCGGUUAUUUAAAAACCUAUUAAUCAUAAGAUAAGGUAUGUGCUUGUAUACUUCACCAGGCGCUUCUUUGUGAAUACUUCGUUCAUUUCCUUCGUUUAAUCAUGGCAAUCGAUGUUAAGGGCGUUCAUUUAGGGACGUUACUUGCUGACGUGGCCAUACCAUUUUGAUAAAACUUACCAAACUUGUAAAUUAUGCGAUAUGGGUUGGAACAUGUUUAAUUAAUAUUCUUAUUAAAUGUAGAGAUAUAGUCUAGCUCAAAAUUUAUCCAUGCCUGCUCGACAGUUUAAAAUGUCUAACCGCAAAAGAACUAGGACUGAAGAAGAUUCAGAUCUGCAGACUAAGAAAUCGAAUAUGGUUGAGCCGGCUCCGCUCUGUACUGAUGAGAAAGCUAUAAAAGAGCGAAGCCGUGUUGAUUAUACAAUCAAAAUCACUAAAGAAAUGGCAGAAUCAGGAAAGACUCAAAGACCAGUAAGAGUUUAUGCAGAUGGAAUUUAUGACAUGUUCCAUUCAGGUCAUGCUAGACAACUUAUGCAAGCAAAAAACUGUUUUCCUAAUGUUUAUCUAAUUGUUGGAAUUUGCAAUGAUGAAUUGACUCAUGAAAUGAAAGGUCGGACAGCAAUGAAUGAAAACGAACGUUAUGAAGCCGUAAAGCAUUGUCGAUACGUCGACGAAAUUUUAAUUGAUGCCCCAUGGGCAAUAACUGAUGAGUUUUUGGAAGAAAAUAAGAUUGACUUCGUAGCUCAUGAUGAUAUUCCAUAUGCUGCGGAAGGUGAUGAAGAUAUUUAUAAAGCUCUAAAGGACCGCGGAAUGUUUGUAAGCACGAAUCGUACAGAAGGAAUUUCAACUACUGAUGUUAUAGCAAGAAUACUCAAAGAUUAUGACCUUUACGUUCGAAGAAAUCUUGCUCGUGGUUAUACUGCUAAAGAGCUAAACGUUGGAUAUAUGAAGGAGAAGUCGCUAAAAUUUAAAGAAAAAGUUGACGCCAUGAAAGAUAUGUCUCGUGAUCUAAUUGGCAAAAUUGACGAUAAAAGACACGAAUUAAUUGGAAAAUGGGAGGAAAUGAGUCAGAGUUUUAUUGGUAAUUUUAUAGAACUAUUUGGUCGUGAUGGUAGAAUAAGUCAUUGGAUUUAUGAUCAACGCUUAAGAGUGGCUAGGGCAAUUUCACCAGAUGACUUGAACUCGAGUAAUUCCUCAAAUAGUUCCUCUUUACCUGGCAACUAG